AUUUUCUUCAUACAUGAUGUGUGUGUAUAUGUAAACCCCACCAGGUCUUUCCACCCCUAGUUCUACCUGCUCUUCUUUUCCUUCUUCUCCUCUUCUUUAAAAUUUUCUUUUGCUUGGCUCUACUCUAUUUCCCUUGUCUUACAGAAGACAAAGCAAUGGGCAACAACAAAGAGAGGGCUUCUCUUCCACCAAGGAGAGGUAAGAUCGGAGAACGAGUGUUUAAGGAUGUGGCAGAGGGAUUCCACACAGUGGUAGAGGCUGUACUGUCCGCCAAAGCAGGAGGAAAAGGAAAGAAGAAGGAAGGAGAAGACGGUAGCGAAAACUCAGGCUCCAAAAAUUAUCCAUAUAAUUCUGGUAAGAAAGAUUAUUAACCAUUGGUGUUUGGUAACCUUCCCUGGAAAGAGAGAAUGACAGUCAACGAUGUGAAGUAUAUUAGUCCAUCAAGCUGUUUCUUUGUAAACAUUUGUCUACUUCUCAGCUUUUGUUGAGUUAAAUUGCUAAAUGACUCCUACUUUUAACAUGAUAUAUCCUUCUAUGUUAAGAUUGGAAUGUCAUCGAUCUUCUUCCUCCCAUUUGUUUGCACCUUACAAGUUCAGCUGUGCUUUAACCAACUAAUUCUUUGAUUCUUCCGUAUAAUCUGCAUCAGAAAAACGCAUCUGGUCAUCUAUACCUGGAAGAACAAGACAAAAGACAGAUCUGAUUAGGAUGCAAUUAGGGGGUAAUUGUGAAUCUUAUUAUUAUAUAGCAUUAUUGCAAGAUCAAAAUUUUUAAGAUUCCUUAAAUCAUUUGGAUUUUGGCAUAUCUUAUGGUUGGUUGUGAUGUGAUCUUACAUGGAAUAAAUCCCAAACCUUAUA